AUGUCCUUCAAGGAGUCGUCGUACAGCUCGCAAAAUGAUCAUGCUCCGGUCAAACUGCCCCCGAUUUCAUUUCUCUCUAGCAAGUUAGGGGCGUCGGACAAGGAAGGCGUGGCCAAAAGCCGUCCUGAGAGUCAACAAUUGCCUUCUCUAUCGUCCAUCAAUUCUGGCGAAUUUCAACUGCCUUCGAUUUCCUCGCUAGCUUCUGGGGUCGACUCGGCAAAAUUGGCUUCCAUUGUGCCGAGUAAGUCUCCCGAACAGCCAUUAGACCAAAAACUACCACCCUUAAAAUCGUCGGCAUCACCCCCUUCCACAGAUAACUCGUCACCGUCCAGACAGCAAAUCAACAGCGUUAGUUCCCCUCGCGAGGGUGAAAAGGGAGACAAAUGCCGCCAUCAUAAACAUGUACACGACGAGCUUACAACACAUUUGAAGGAAGCGCAGCAACAUCUCAAAAACGGCGGACAUAUACACAUUGUGCAUCAGCCCCACGGUAAUCACCAUCAUCACAAAGUUCUUGUACACAACCCUAAUGAGACACCAUCUGAUGUUCCACCUCCCCAGGGGAACGACACGACGAUCAUACAGAACGAUUCUACUAUAAUCGACCCCAACGCAACAGUGCCCCAGGACCAGUCGUUGGUCCACCAGGCAUCCCCGAAACAGAGCACGGAAAAAACAAAAGAAACAUUCAGGCCCCGAGAGAUCACCCUCGACUCCAAAGAAACACUUCUGCUCGCCGCAAAAUUCCCAAGAAAGCAUCUGGGGUCGAUAAUAUACCAGGCCUAUCCAACAAAGGAGACCCGUUGCAUGUAUUUGCAAAAUAUAGAACCAGAACACAUGCACGAGGACUCACAGGUGACCAAUGAGCUAGCCUCCAAGAGAAUCGAACUUCUUCCUGCAUACUUCGCAAACUACAUCAACUGUACAGUGGAUAUACACAUCCCAUACCAGUGCAUCCCCGACAACGUCAACGUGUACGACCGCAGAUUAUGGGGCACGGACAUUUACACGGACGACUCCGACAUUGUGGCCAUUUUGUACCAUUGUGGAGUGCUCAAGUCGGCUGAUCCUUCUGCUCCGGACUCUGGGCUCUGCAUCCGUACACCAGAAGAUAGCGAAAAAUCUGGGGAAUCUAUCAUUGAUAACGAAAAGGGAACUAUAAAAUUUUCCAGACACACGGGGCCGCUGACGCCUGGAAACCUGGAGAACCGCUCGAACGUAAUAAAGCAAGCAGUGGACUCGAGCGACUCAAACGAUUUAGUGGUAACCUUGCUGAUUCUGCCUCGUCUCGGUGUGUACCAGGGGACAUACAGAAACAACUACUACUCUAGAACUUGGGGAAGCAAUGGUCGUUUGCAUAAUGGGGUGUCUAUUGCCCUUUAUGCGGUGAAGUGGUGCAAGUUGGGUGGCUCUUACGACGGCUUGAAUUAUGGCUCUUUCCGCAAGAGAUUAUUGAGCGAGCGCAUCGAGCUUUCCCAGAAGCUUCUCAAGACGUCGAGCGAAGAGGGAGCUGUUCCCGGCUGGGACCUGGAUCGUAAAUAUUAUAAAGAGUUCAAAUAA